GAGUUAGUCUGGUGCACACACGGACUUCCGGUUCCGAAGCGGCAAUUCAAGAUCUGUGAAGAUGGAAGUUGUGCCUUAUGCGGGAGCCGUGCUGUGCCUGUACCUCAGUGCAUGUGCUGGGUCCCAGAGGCCAGAUGUUGGAUGCACUUUUUUAAAUGAAGGGCAGGUCAUUAAUGAAACCGAGAAUCACUGCUUCUGCUAUAAACCACAAUGGAGUCUAGAUGUGAUGUGGUCAGCUCUGCAGAUUCAUGUCCAGAGUACAGAAAGAGUUCUUGUUUUACCUCGGCAUAACUGCACUCAUCCAGAGGAUACGCACGCUUACGUUAUUUGCUGGCUGCGCGGUGUCUGGGAACCACAAGGCUCCGAGGACGUACUCCUUGAUGUCAAUCAACUAGACAAAGACUUCUGCUUUCAUUUAAAUGUCAGCAGUACAACAACAGGUUAUCGUGUAACACUCCGGAAGAGCCGGUUUACUCUUCCAAUCUUCAUUGUCUUAAUUAGCAUUUUGCUGUUCUGCUUAGCCGGUAAACUGAGUAGGUCCUCUGUAUGUUUCUAUGCUGCUGGGAUAAUGCUUGGAAUGAUAACUUCUGUGCUGUUUGUUUUAAUAGUACUGAAGCGGUUUAUCUCAAAGCCCAGCACAAUUUGGCUUUUAAUAAACAUGUGCUGCUUUUUAACUGCAUAUGUUGUGCAGUUUCUGAAUGAGAAUCUAGCUUGGGUAUGGACUGAGAAGAAGCCUUACAUAAUAGGUCAUUGUGUCAUAUUUGGGUUACUCGGCUUCGCAGCUUGCUACAGUUAUGGCCCAUUGUGCAGUGAAAUAAGUUUUAAGAUUCUCACUUGGACGCUCCAAAUCAUCGCCUGCAUCUUGAUUUACUUUUGCCACCCUGUUAAUGAAAUUGCCGUUGCAGUCAUUGGCGUUCUUCUGUCAAGUAAGGGGCUGUCCUGUCUCUACAGGGCAAUAACUUACAUUUACAGGAAAUUGAGACAGAAAAAGCCAAGCAUUCGAUUUCUUACAGAAGAAGAAUACAAUGAGCAGUGUGAAGUUGAGACACUUAAAGCUUUAAAAGAGCUUCGUGACUUCUGCAGUAGUCCUGACUUUAACUCAUGGCUUACAGUAUGCAGACUUUCUUCACCUAAGAGGUUUGCAGAAUUUGUCUUGGGAUCCAGCCAUAUAUCUUCUGAAGAGUUCACUGCACAUGAGCAUCACUAUGGGCUUGGGAGCCUAUUUCUAGAAGAACUUAUUGUCCACCGCAAGGAAGUAGAAGAUAACCUACAAAGGACUGCAGGUCAUAAUGUAAAUGUCAAUGCAGAGGACUUUGAAAUUGAAAGAAUCCUUGUCCCGGGUGCAGGACAACCUAGCUGCACCUAACUACUAGGAACAGUGAGCAAUGAUAAUGUCUGUAAAGCUCUGCAGG